AUGCUACAACCCGUUCAACCUUCAAUUGAAACAUUGAAAAAGACGAUCGAGUCGAAUUCGGUGUCUUCCAACCCUCCAAAUUUGUAUCCAAUUUACAAAUAUGUGAGUCACAAUGAUAUCUCCAUUCAUCAAGCCUACCUUCGAUUAGCGAAUAUCAACGAUACUGAUAGGCUGCCUUCAUUCCUUUUCGAGUCGUCUGUUCAUGGGGACACUGUUGACAGAUACUCUUUUAUUGGAAUUAACCCACUGAAAGUGAUCAAAACAGGAGAUGACCCUAAAAAAUUCAGUGCCGAAUUUUGCGAUGUAGAUCCAAUAACUGUACUAGAGAAGGAACUAUCCCAUUUCAAACAAGCUUCAUUGCCCGGCUUACCAAAAUUCAGCGGGGGUGCAACUGGGUACAUUUCCUACGACUGUAUCAAGUACUUUGAACCUAAAACAAAGAGGCCAUUGGAGGAUGUUCUCGGCUUACCUGAAGCGGUACUAAUGUUUUGUGACUUGGUGGUGGCAUUCGACCAUGUAUACCAACGAUUUCAAAUCAUUUACAACGUCAAAGUCGACCAAUCUCAUGACUUGGUGGAGGAGUAUAAAAGAGGGGUAUCAAAGAUUGAUGAAGUUGAAAAACUAUUGUUGAGAAAUGUAUCAAACGAGGAGAUCUUUCCACGUCAAGGACCUAUCAAGUUGAACCAAACAUUUACGUCCAACAUUGGACAAGAGGGGUACGAAAAGCACGUUUCCACUUUGAAGGACCAUAUAUUGAAAGGGGACAUCAUUCAAGCAGUGCCUUCCCAAAGGAUUGCCCGCCCUACUGAGCUACACCCAUUCAAUAUUUACCGCCACUUGAGAACGGUGAAUCCAUCUCCAUAUUUGUUUUACAUUGACUUGAUUGAUUUCCAAAUAAUUGGGGCUUCUCCAGAGUUAUUAGUGCAAUCUGACACUAACGGUAGGGUUGUGACUCAUCCUAUUGCCGGUACAAUCAAGAGGGGUAAAACGAAUGAAGAAGACGAGAAGAAUGCGGAAAUUUUGAGAUCAAGUUUGAAAGACAGGGCUGAGCAUAUCAUGCUUGUUGACUUGGCACGUAAUGAUGUGAAUCGUGUUUGUAAACCCGAGACCAACAAGGUAGAUAAGUUGUUGACUAUCCAAAGGUUUUCACAUGUGAUGCAUUUGGUUUCGGAAGUAAGUGGAACCUUACGUGAGGAUCAAACCCGAUUUGACGCCUUUAGAUCAAUAUUUCCUGCUGGUACUACUAGUGGAGCGCCGAAAGUGAAGGCAAUGGAGUUGAUCGCUGAAUUGGAAAAGGAGAAAAGGGGAGUUUAUGCCGGUGCUGUGGGACAUUGGGGCUACGACGGAAAAACGAUGGAUACUUGUAUUGCAUUGCGAACCAUGGUUUUCAAGGACGGUGUGGCAUAUUUACAAGCAGGAGGAGGAAUUGUGUUCGACAGUGAUGAAUAUGAAGAGUACAUGGAGACUAUGAACAAAAUGCGAGCAAAUAACAAUACCAUUGUGGAAGCGGAAAUGAUCUGGGCUGACAAGGUAGGGAGUGUAGAGUGA